AUGGAAAUGCUGAAUUUCACUGAUGUGACAGAAUUUAUUCUUUUGGGACUCACCAGCCAUUGGGAGUGGCAAGUGACCUUCUUCAUCAUAUUUCUCAUAGUCUAUGUUGUUACAGUUGUGGGCAACAUUGGCAUGAUUGUGUUAAUUAAAGUCAGUCCACAGCUCAGCAGUCCCAUGUACUUUUUCCUGAGCCAUCUGUCAUUUGUUGAUGUGUGGUUUUCAUCCAAUGUCACUCCUAAGAUGUUAGAAAACCUAUUAUCAGAGACAAAAACUAUUUCUUAUGCUGGUUGCUUGGUCCAGUGUUUCUUUUUCAUCGCCCUUGUCCAUGUGGAAAUUUUCAUUCUUGCUGUGAUGGCAUUUGACAGAUACAUGGCUAUUGGGAACCCCCUACUCUAUGGAAGCAAAAUGUCAAGGGCUGUGUGUAUUCGCCUGAUUUCUUUCCCUUAUGUGUAUGGCUUUCUGACAAGUCUGGCAGCAACACUGUGGACAUAUGGCUUGUACUUCUGUGGAAAAGUUGAGAUCAACCACUUCUACUGUGCAGAUCCACCUCUCAUCAAGAUGGCCUGUGCUGGGACCACUGUUAAAGAAUACACCAUGCGCGCUUUGGCUGGGCUCAACUUCUCGUACUCCUUACUGGUCAUCAUUGUGUCCUACAUAUUCAUUCUCAUUGCCAUCCUCAGAAUGCGCUCUGCGGAGGGAAGAAAGAAAGCCUUUUCCACGUGCGGGUCUCACUUGACGGCCGUCACCAUAUUCUAUGGGACGCUGUUCUUCAUGUACCUCAGGAGCCCCAUGGAGGAGUCUGUGGAGCAGGGCAAGAUGGUGGCCGUGUUCUACACCACGGUGAUUCCUAUGCUGAACCCCAUGAUCUACAGCCUGAGGAACAAGGAUGUGAAGGAGGCUGCGCACAAAGUGGUCAGCAGAAUAGUUAUGACGAGGUAG